UAUAUCUGCGUCGCGACGCUACUCUUGCUCAUUCCGCCACGGUAAACCAGCCACCUGUGACCCGGAGGUGUUUUAUUUCGAUCUUUCGUUCUUUACGACAUGAAGUACACUUGGUUGCUGCUCGCCAGUAGUUUGGUGCUCGUUCUGGCAGAGUUGGUGCCAACGGCUUCAGCCGGACCGUAUACUGAUGAUGAUGAAAAUUAUUUACCAGGGGAGGACGACUACCAGGAAAAUGCUAUUGACCGUCUACUUCAGUCAGCUCAGAAACGUUCCUCCUUAAUUUACCUUUUCAGAAGAGCAUGCGUCAGGAGAGGAGGAAACUGCGACCACAGACCGAAUGACUGCUGCUACAACAGCUCCUGUAGGUGCAACCUAUGGGGAUCCAACUGCAGGUGUCAAAGGAUGGGACUUUUCCAGAAAUGGGGUUAAAAUCUGAACGAUGCCUCGGCAGAUUGGGGUGACGAUUGGAGAGUACGGUAUCACAACCCACUUAAAGGUUAUUUGAUUAUUUUCUUAUGUUUUCUCAAAAAACAAAUCGAUACUGAACACUCCCAUUGUUAUCACUGAAUUAUAAGAAAAGCGUCAGGGGUGUCAAACCUGCCGCCCAUUUCCUUCCUAGGUUUCCCCUAAAGGACUGAUUUUUGUACUGUGCUUUUUGGGGGUAGGCUUGACGCUCACGAAGCAGACCACUGCAUGAUCUUGGCUGACGAUAUUGGCAAAAUUUUUGAAUUAUUUUCUAUCACAUUGCAAUUCUAACAACAGAUAAAAAUUAAAAAAAAAGAAGAAAAACCGGUAAUCGAUUUUUCAGUUCUAAACCCCUUUUCAGUACUUGCAUUCAAGACAACGAUUCCGGAUUAUUGAGAAAUGGUUGAAUUAUAUCACGAGGGGCAUACAAAAAGUAGACAGAAAUCUGCGUGAUGACUAAUCGAAAUUUUUCGGUAUUUCUUGUAUGCCCAAUGCCAGCUGCAUACUUACUGAGGGUUUAUCCAGCCACAUCUUCAGUGUGUUUGCAUGUUCGGCUCGAACCAGAUUAUUCUUAUAUAUCAUAUUGUAAUUAUGUAUCUAUGUAUAGAUGUAACGCCAUGAAGGAGGUACUGUUUCGGAUAAAAGUGGAUAUGUACUGGAUAACCUAUAGAAUACUAGUAGUUGAAAUAUGUAUAUUUAACGUUUCUAUAUGUACGUAUAUGUGAAGAGGGUACAACAUUCACAAUUCUGUCAAUAUUAAUUAUAUUAAUUGGCCUAUU